GAAACCCUGCGACGACCGAAGUACAUCAAGAGAGGCCCACUUCUUCAUUUUCUACUUCACUGCGGCCUCUCAUUAGGGUUAGGGUUUCUGUCGAUUUGCAGGGUUUGCAAAGAAAUUCUGAUUACAUGAUGGCAUCUUCAACUGCAGCAAAGAUUCAUGUCCUCGGUGGUUCUGACUUCCCUUCUACGAAAAAGUCAUGGAGUAGAAACGCAAGCUCACCGAGAACUGUCUUCUUUGGUCAGGGAUUGAAUAAUGGAGGAACUACUCCCUUCGGAUUUCCUAGCUCUGCAUUCUUGAAGAUUAAGAGAAAUGUAAAGAGGGAUUCUGCAGUUGGUCCUGUUCGGGUGGUGAACGAGAAGGUAGUCGGAAUCGAUCUCGGAACGACGAAUUCUGCGGUUGCGGCAAUGGAGGGAGGGAAGCCGACGAUCGUGACGAAUGCUGAAGGUCAACGAACGACGCCCUCUGUUGUUGCUUACACCAAGAAUGGUGAUCGUCUGGUUGGGCAGAUUGCUAAGAGACAAGCUGUUGUGAAUCCUGAGAAUACUUUCUUCUCUGUGAAGAGAUUUAUUGGGAGGAAGAUGUCUGAAGUAAAUGAGGAAUCCAAGCAGGUCUCUUAUAGGGUGAUUAGGGAUGAGAAUGGAAAUGUCAAGCUUGAGUGCCCUGCCAUUGGUAAACAGUUUGCUGCUGAGGAGAUUUCUGCACAGGUGUUGAGAAAACUUGUGGAUGAUGCCUCAAAGUUUUUGAAUGACAAAGUCACCAAAGCUGUGGUAACAGUGCCCGCAUACUUCAACGAUUCCCAAAGGACAGCAACAAAGGAUGCUGGACGUAUUGCUGGUUUAGAGGUUCUCCGUAUUGUUAACGAACCUACUGCUGCUUCACUGGCAUAUGGUUUUGAGAAGAAGAGCAAUGAAACCAUUUUGGUAUUUGACCUUGGAGGUGGUACAUUUGAUGUUUCAGUUCUAGAGGUUGGAGAUGGAGUGUUUGAGGUGCUGUCUACCUCAGGAGAUACGCAUUUGGGAGGUGAUGACUUUGACAAGAGAGUUGUUGAUUGGCUUGCUGCAAACUUCAAGAGAGAUGAAGGCAUAGAUCUUCUGAAAGACAAGCAAGCUCUUCAGCGUCUUACUGAGACUGCUGAAAAAGCGAAGAUGGAGUUGUCAUCGUUGACGCAGGCAAAUAUAAGCUUACCUUUCAUUACUGCAACUGCGGAUGGCCCCAAGCACAUUGAAACCACACUCACAAGGGUCAAGUUUGAGGAAUUGUGUUCAGAUCUGCUUGAUAGGCUUAAAACCCCGGUGGAAACCGCUCUAAGGGAUGCAAAGUUAUCAUUCAAGGAUUUAGAUGAGGUCAUCCUUGUUGGGGGAUCAACACGUAUCCCAGCUGUUCAGGAGCUUGUAAAGAACAUUACAGGAAAAGAACCCAAUGUCACAGUCAAUCCUGAUGAAGUUGUUGCCCUUGGGGCUGCAGUCCAGGCUGGUGUAUUGGCUGGUGAUGUGAGUGACAUUGUGCUCCUGGAUGUGACUCCAUUGUCUUUGGGUCUGGAAACUUUGGGCGGUGUAAUGACAAAGAUCAUCCCAAGGAACACUACAUUGCCCACCUCAAAAUCGGAGGUGUUCUCUACAGCUGCAGAUGGGCAGACCAGUGUGGAGAUCAAUGUUCUUCAGGGUGAGAGGGAGUUUGUGAGGGAUAACAAGUCUCUCGGGAGUUUUCGUCUUGAUGGCAUCCCACCUGCCCCUCGUGGUGUACCCCAAAUUGAAGUCAAAUUCGACAUUGAUGCCAAUGGUAUCCUUUCUGUUGCGGCUGUUGACAAGGGUACAGGAAAGCAGCAGGACAUAACCAUUACUGGUGCUAGCACCUUGCCCAGUGACGAGGUUGAAAGGAUGGUGAAGGAAGCUGAGAAGUUCACUAAGGAAGACAAGGAAAAGAGGGAUGCCGUAGACACAAAAAACCAGGCAGAUUCUGUGGUGUACCAGACAGAGAAGCAAUUGAAGGAGUUGGGAGACAAGGUCCCUGCCCCUGUCAAGGAGAAGGUGGAAGCUAAACUUGGUGAGCUCAAGGAUGCAGUCUCUGGGGGUUCUACACAAGCCAUAAAGGAUGCCAUGGCUGCCCUCAAUCAAGAGGUAAUGCAGCUUGGUCAGUCUCUAUACAACCAACCUGGGUCACCUGGUGCUGGCCCUGCACCAGGAGGCGAAGCAGGCCCUUCAGAAUCAGAGAGCAAGGGACCUGAUGCUGAUGUCAUUGAUGCUGACUUCACUGACAGCAAAUGAUGGUAGUGGAUGAUUAUUGGUGAGAACUCCUGGUUUCUAGCCCAUUCAGUGUAUAUUUUCAAAAGUAUCAAUUUGGAUUUUUUGGAGGGGAGGGGGGGGUUUCAAAUCCUGUUUAAUUUUUGGUUUUUGUUUUUUUGGAUAAAUAAGGGUACAGAUUUAGAGAGAGUGGACUAUAGGGAAUCAGCCAUAGCCCAUAAUAGGAAAUUCAGCAGGUUCCAACCCCUU